AUGUGGGCCGAUGUUGCCUUGACGUCAUGGAUGCUGUUUGUUUGGAGGGUAUUGUUGUUUCGAUGGGAUUGCCUUGGAGCAAACCUUCUGAGCAGUAUUGUGCUUGGCCUUAGGGAUAUCCAUAAGGCUGCUGAGGCAUGGGGAUUGGAGUGCCUACGAUAUGAGAUCCGUGAUAUCGUCCCUCCAGAAGGAGUGGCAAGGGCUAUGGAGCUUCAGGCCGAAGCUGAAAGGCACAAGCGGGCAUCCAUUCUUGAGUCGGAAGGAAAGAGGCAGGCCCAUAUCAAUGCUGCCGAGGCUCAGAAGCAGCAGACGAUCCUUGCGUCAGAGGCAGCACGGAUGGACGCCAUCAACAGGGCUCAGGGCGAUGCAGAGGCGACUCUUAAAAGGGCAAAGGCCACUGCAGAGGGCCUACGAAGUGUAUCGGAAGCACUGAGAGCAGAGACAGGGCAGCAUGCUGCCUCUCUCAGAAUCGCAGAACAGUAUCUCCAGGCAUUUGCCAAUUUGGCCAAACAAGGAACUACGAUGUUGCUGCCAGCCAACGCUGCAGAGCCAGCGUCAGUCGUAGCACAGGCGGCUUCCAUAUACAAGAACGUGCUGCAAGCUUCCGGGGUGGACCACCCGGCAUCGGCAACAGCACCAAACACGGCGUCGAAAGUAGCAGAGCCGUCAGGAUCCCAACGGCCAUCUGGUAAAGGUGGUGAAUCGAGUGGAGAGCCGCUAGCACAGGCAGAAGGCGAUGGUGAAUCGUUUUCCUUAAGAUCGAAGGAGUAG